UCGGGUAAUUAUGACCGUGCAAGGCAAACGAUGGGUCACUUAGUAAUUCACUAUAGACUUAGUAGUCGUAGUCUUUUUUCUAUAAUAUGGCUACACUCCUGUCAACUUAACUAUUUGUCAACUGAAAUGAGUAACCACUGAUCGAAAUCUCGGGAUAGGAAAAGUAUGCCAAUCAGCACAUUUGUCAACUGGCAUCUAUUCUGGACUCGGUUAAACAUUUACAGAUGUGGUUGGGCCAUCCCCUCUGCUCGAGUCACGAAGCUGCCAUUCCACAUUUGGAGUUGGUGGCCCGAUGAGAGUGCAUUCUAUAAGACGCUAACAUAUUGUAAAGACUGCAAGGAUUACAACAUACACGAAUUGUCAUGCACGAGAAAUAUGAAGCCGAGGUGAACAAGAUUCUCAAGAAAUUUCACAUUUCGAAAACAUGUGGAUUUGCUCUGCCGGAUCCCUUGACCAGCCUCCCUGAAUACUAUGCCCCAUGGAUGGAGCUUGCCGCCAACCUUACAGAGCUCAUAGAGACACAUACUCUGCGGGAGCGGGUAAUGCAGAUGCCUGAGCUGAGCAUUGGGCUUCUCCAGAGCCAUCGCCAGCUUCGCCUAGCUCACCUGGUUCUCAGCUUCAUCACGUCAGGUGUUGUGUGGCAAGAAGGAGACAAAGCCCCCACCAAGGUGCUGCCCCGAAGCGUGGCGGUGCCGUUUUGCGCUGUGUCCAAGUGCCUGGGCCUCCCUCCCAUUAUCGUGCACGCCGAUGGCGUCCUUGCCAACUGGAGGAGACGAGAUGCCGACGGACCCAUGACGAUUGAAAACCUGGAUACGUUGGUGAGACUCCCAGGUGGGGCCAACAGUCGAUACUUCUUCCUCUGCACCGUCAUGGUGGAGUUCGCCGCUGUUCCGGGCAUCAUUGGCUUGGUGAAAUGUGUGGAGGCCGUGAGAGCUGCAGAUGAGGCCACGCUGAAAGAGUCGCUGUUGGAGGUGGCCGAAGCGAUACACGGCAUGAUAAAGGCCUUGUCCACCAUGCAUGAUCACGUCGACCCUGCAGUAUUUUUUGGAGUAAUCAGGAUCUUCCUAUCUGGGUGGAUGGACAACCCGGUGCUCGAUGGGCUGCAUUACGAAGGAGUGGGAGACACCCCCUACAUGUAUUCUGGGGGCAGUGCAGCACAGAGCUCUCUCUUGCACUGCUUUGAUGCGGCCCUGGGCAUUGAACACGAUCCGAAGCAUGGAUCAUUCCUGGCCCGAAUGCGGGAGUACAUGCUACCACGGCACAGCGAAUUCAUUUGCUGGCUCGCCGAUGGGCCCUCCAUUCGAAGCCACUUUGUUUCGCGUUCCACGCCGCCCGAGAGUUCGGCCCGUGCGGCGUACAACGCCUGCGUGUCCGCCCUGACGCGGCUGCGCUCGGACCACAUUGCCGUUGUGACGCGGUACAUCACGGUGCAGUCGGCACGAGCGAGGCGGGAGGCGACCUCGCCAGCCGGCUUCGCCCUGGCGGAGAAGGGCACAGGUGGCACGGCGAUCCUGCCCUUCCUCAAAGGAGUCCGAGACGCCACAGCUGCCGCACUCAUCGAAUAAGUCCUCCACUGAGUUCAAAGAGGGCUAUCUCAUACUGAAUGGAAAACUGCUUAUAGCAGCUACAGCUAUGGAGGCUUCUAGAUUUGAAGCUUUCGUGACUGCAAGGAUCCAUACUCUUUGGUUCUAUUCGGUAAAGUCACGUAGGUAAAAAAUAAAACAAAAAACAAAAAUCAC